UUUUUUUUUCUGCGACCUUGGUCCUGCAUCUAAUUAGGUACCUCUAGAGUGUAUACACCUAACUAAAUUAAUGUAUUGUAGUCACUCAGGUAUGUACCUCCACCAGCUCUUUGCAUUAAGAGCUGAAGCUUCUCAAUUCCUGCAGUAACCCGUGUUUGUUCCGGUUUAAUGGCCACGUCCCCAGUGCAUCCACAAUAACAUAGGAGGUACCUAUCUAUGAAAAUGAAGGGAUAUAGGUGAUUCGGGAUACUAUUAAAAAUCUCCUACCUUAUUACAGAGUCUGCCCAGAGCUUAUUACUUCACCAUGGGUAUUCGUGGAUUUAGCCAGGCUAUACAGCGAUAUGGCUUCUUCUCAUCAUUGAGUGGUGAUACCGUCGUUAUCGAUGGACCAGCUCUUGUUCACCGUAUUUCUGACGCAGUCUGCCGUCAACGGCCACCCUCAAGCGGAUUCGUUUGCCAUCCCCCGUAUUCCCUUCUUAGUCGUAUGGUAAUAGGCUGGCUUGACAACCUGAAGAGCCACGGGGUGGUCAUAAGGAAGAUAUAUUUUGAUGGAUAUCUGCCCCCAAGCAAAUGGGAAGUGAGACGAGAACGGCUCCUAAACCAAUCCCAGCGUAUGAAGGCCUUGGCGUCUUCACAGCCGUUUGGGUCACCUAUAACACCAGAAGGUGCCUUCGAAGACGUGAGAGCUGAUACAAAUUUAACUCGGCAACUUGCUCGGUCUGCUUCAGAUACAUCACCCAAGCCCCCUUUCAUGGUCCCCGCAGUUCUCGAGGCGUUAAAGGGCAGCGAAGACUGGGGCUCCAUAGUCGUAGUUGUCCCCGGAGAAGCUGAUAUCUUUUGCGCGCAAGAUAUCCGAGAAAAUGGCGGCACUUUGCUCACAAGCGAUUCCGACUUACUCAUUCAAAACCUUGGCCUUAAGGGUUGUGUAUCAUUCUUUUGGGAUGUUGUUCCGGCCGAUCCUACCUCGAAAGAAUCCGGUAUGCAGGCAAUGAAGAUUUCACUUCAUGAUAUCAACGACCGGCUAGGCUUGACAAAUAUUGGCGGUCUACCUCGUGUCGCCUUUGAAAAGCAGAAGGCAAGAAUGAGCUUUGACGCGGCCUUGCAGAGAACUCGCGACUGUCAUGAGGACACUCUACAUUCACCGGAAUAUCAGGCUUUUCUGGAAAGCCUUGAAGUGAAAGAUUAUAUACCAAGUCACCAUCCAGUGCUUAGUAUACUCUCUAACCUAGACCCCAGAAUAUCAGAAGUCGUCGUUCAAAUUUUACUUUUAGAAGAGGUAGAAGCAGAAUCUUCGGAAGCAGAUGCGAAGACAUUGAGAGGUCCAGAAACGCUCUCUAUAUUCCUUCCAAUCAUGAUUGAAAACCACGACAGAAAAAGCGCAUGGACAGCUAGUACAAUCGCUAGACAAAUAGGGUACAGUAUUCUUCAGGGUCUAACUGGCCAAAGAUAUAGCACAAUUAUUGAAUAUCGUACUUUGGAUCCAUCAACGUUAUUAGCCGGGCGGCAAGUUGAGAUCCCUAACCUAGAAGAGACGAUCGAUAAUUGCAUUCAACUCGUAACGAUACUGGAAAAAAUGGAUGCAGCCUUCCCAUCUUCAUUACAAUGGUUGGCGUUCGCUAUAUACCAGGACAUUGAAUGGUCCACAUUAGAGCAUCGCCCCUCUCUAUCAGCAGCGCUCGUCAGCAAAGCAAUGUGUGGGCCAAAGCUUCUGGAGGAAUACUCGUGGGACUUGAUACACUUCACAGCCCAAGUUCAAGCCUGUUUAUACUCGCUAAGGAUAACAAAACAGAUCCUAGAUGUCGUCUCCUUUAUGAAUCAUGAUCUCCCAGCGCCAGCACGGCAAUUGCACAGCCGUCUCGCACUACUUCCACUUAUUGGAGAAUGGCCUACUAUCGAACAGAUGUCUGAUCAGUUAUCUGAGUUCGGUAAGGUAGAGGGGCUUCGAAUCAUCACAGACAUUCUUGGAAUUCCCCGCAUCGAAACCGAGGAACCUCCUGAGGAUUCUUCAGAGCCGAGAAAAAGACAGAAGCGAGAUACUGAGUUGCUACCGCGUAAAGGACGCCAAAGAGGUGCCAAGACAUCACCGUCUAUCAACCCUUAUGCCAUUUUGAGCCAAGAGAGUGAAGACUAACAGGAAGAUGAGCUGAAAAGUCUUUGAGUGCUGGUAGUGUGGUAGCGUGAAUGACUGGCGGGCGUGGGUCAUCUCGGAUAGCCAAGAUCCCCGAAGUCCUUUUGAAUACCACUUUAUUCAACCCUAAUGAGUCACCUGAGUACGAGACUGGUUCGUGAGACGGGGCUCGGUGAAGAUCCUAUGCCGCAACGCGAUAAUACAGACAGUAAUCCGCAUAUAUCUCCAUUCUCAUUGUAGUUCAUCCCAUCAAUAGUUGUCAAGCCAUGUUCUAUG